AUGGCCAGCCUGGUCAACCUGGACAACCUGGACAACCUGGUCAACCUGGUAUACCUGGCCAAGCUGGUCUUGAUGGUCAGCCUGGUCAACCUGGCCAAGCUGGUAUUCCUGGCCAACCCGGACAACCUGGUCAGCCUGGACAACCUGGUAUACCUGGUCAGCCUGCCACCUCCUGCGGAACAGGCAGUCUGCAGUAAUGCCGGCCCGACGUGCAAGUGGCUCAAGAUCCAGCACGCAGACGCACACCUCAAAGCUGGAAGAGACGUGCUGGCCCAUCCCAACAAGAUCUGGGAUGCAUGGAAGAAGAUCAACAACACUCAGUACUGGUACCCAGAAGAUACCUGGUUUGUUCCGGGCGCUGCCACCGGCCUUGAACUUUACAUCAAGGGCCAGAAGCAGGCUAACUGCGAAGGAAAAUUCUUUAUCCCUCAUGGCACAUUGGACACCGAUGUGGAGGUUUCCGCUAGUAGCCCUACCUCAUACACAUUCUACGGCGCCUGCACCGAGUUAACCCCCUGCGUCGGUUCCCAGAUCCAGGACUGGCAGCAGCUCUACCAGCCUCCAUUCCAGGAGGGCAUCCAAAAGGACUUCCAGGUCGGAACGCACACAGGCGGCGGCGACAUUCUCUUCUCCAUCGCCGACACCUGGGGCACAUGCGAGCAGUUUGCAAUCUUUGCGGACGGCAAGGAGCUCGGCAAGACUCAUGGACCGUUGACUCUGGAGGGCGAUGAGAAGUUCAACCCAGCGAAUAUUCUCGGAUCGAAGUUGUGGCCUGGUACUGGAUACCCUGCGCCUUAUAUUUCGAUCACCCAUGGUGGGUUCUUUGGGACGUUCCGGAUUCCGCAAGGCACCCAGAAGAUUACUGUCAAGACCAUUAGCCUGGUGGAGAAGGGUGUAUGGGCAUCCUCUUACUAUGGAUGGCGUCUUGAUAGGCCUUGCUCCUAA